AUGCUGCGUUUGACCCUCACAGAGUUCCCGUUUUCUGGGAUGGCAAUUCCUAUUUGGUGGUCAUUCAAAACGGGGAUCUAUCCUAGUAUCCUAGACAGUGAGUCUUUAUGCUACGUCCACCCUUCCUCCCCCUCUCCCUAUUGGAUACACAGCACAGCAACUUGCUCCUCCUCUUAUCCCCUGAAGAGCCUGAGGUAGUGCAGGGAUAUCUUCAUCUGUCUGUGUGUUUGUGUCUGUCUGUGUGUUUGUUUCCAGAGCUGAUGCAGUGGCUGGUGUCCGGAAGCAAGGCUCUAAGGCUCUGAUGAAAGCUCACUGCAGGGUAGGUAGGCACCAGGGCACUGUGUUCUCCAUGCUCUACCACACAUUAAGAUUUGGACAGCACAACAGACAGUUAGUUAACCUUUCACUGUUAUGUAUAGGCCUACCCUCCUCUAUUCUUGCAAUGCAUAUUUGUCACAUUAUGUUGACAUUAGAAAAACCUAUGGUCAUAUAUGUAAUGUCUAUUGUUAUUAUUUAUGUCACUCAUUUAGAUUUUAUGUCAUUCAUGGAUCUCUCCAGGUUCAAGCAUGGGACUAGUUUUUCUUCAGCCUCCAGUGCUUUGAUCAGUCUCCAUCACUUUAAGGUGUCAUCCAAGACAGAUCCAGAGGCUAUAAGAAAAGUCACGUUCUCCUAGUAUAGAUUAUAUGUGGUUUGGUACACCGUACUUCAUAGUUUACAACACAUAGCCCUAGUUCUGUGGUGUGUUUUUAUUUGUGCGUGUGUGUUUACAGAGAUGGCUGGAUGCCCUGGAGGAGCAUGUGGCCUACAGCAGCCGUCACUCUACCCAGGAGCAGACAGAUGAGGAGGGUGAUGAAGAUGGAUCUUGGCGACCUCAGACUCCCUCCAGGUCAGAUGAAGUCUACACCAGCGUUUCCCAAAUGUUUCCAUUCUGGAGAUCACCAAAUCACCAAAUCAAAAGUUCUUCAUCUAAAAUACAUUUCGCAGACCACCUGCACCGCAGACCACAGGUUGAAACCACUGGUCUACACACACACACAGACCGGAACUGAAACCAACACAGAUUACGACUUUUACGGGGCUAGCCAAUCACAGAGUUCCAUUGUUACCUCAUUAUUAAUAUUCUACUCCAGAAAAGUGACAGUUGGUUUCAGUUAGCCCUGUUUGUGUGAACACAGGCGAAGCUAGCCUAGACCCAGUUUUAGCCUAGGGCUAAGGAUAAUCUGAGGCUAAGAACAAUGCAGUAUGAAAAGGCCUAGUGACAAGUGAAAACCUGUCCAUUACGCUUUACUUUUAAAGAUAAUUUCCCUGAUGUUUGUAGAGAUCACAUUGGCUGUAAACACCAUGGAUGAAGGCUCAAGCAUGAAUCCUCUGUGUUAUGGAUACAGUUAUCCUGUAUGUGUGUUUGUGUUUUUCCUCUCCUUCUGCUCUAAUCACAGGUGUCCUUUGUGUUCCUGAUUGGAGGUCGUUGGGGUGUCCCACCUGUCAGUCAUCAGUUAAUCUGCUGAUUGCUGAGGUGGACCAAUCAGUGGACAUUUCUCCUGAUUGCACCACCUGUUUCUGUUUUCUUACCCAAUCAUCCCCUUGUGUUAAAAGCUAGUCAGUUGUGUUUGCUGACAGAGACUCUUUUUGUUUGUGAGUAUGUAUACGGUGGUGUCUUGUUUUUGUGUACUCACUCGUUAACGGUUUAGUCCGUAUGGUACCUAUAUUGUUUGUUUGUGCCUGGGAAAAGGGGGAUUUAGCAAGUCGCCCUUGGGCAUACACUACCCGUAGGAAAACCUUGUCUAAACACACUAGUUAGACCUGAGUGGACCACCCAUUGUAUUUUUGUAUGGUUAGCAGUACGAUUAGUAGGUCUUGAGGUAGGUAAGAUCAGUUUAGGGGUUUUUGACUUUGUUUCAUUUCUUGGGUCCAGCUCAGCCCCUUUUCCCCAAACCAUUUAGCGUGUGUUUUAUAAUAAACAUUUUGUGUUUGACGGUAGCAUUUGGUUGUUGCCGUAUUUUGUUCUCAAUGUUCCUUGGCAAUAGCCUAAUUUGCAUGAGUUAUGUUACGGGCCUCUUUUCCAUCCACCCUAGACUUUUAAAGCCACGGGGUGCGUAACACUCUGUAAAAUUCAAUCACAGUGCCCUGGUCUUAAAUCUGUGUUGGUUGAAACCCGGCCUCAGUGUCAAGUAUAGUGUUGAAUACAUAGUUCAGUGUGCCAAGAAAAGUGAAUAGCAUCCUAUCAAAGCUGUGUGCGGCGAGUGAAGUGUCUCUCUCUCGCUCUCUUUCAGGCCACUGAAGCCUGCCAGCAGAAAUUGGAGACUCAAGUGUCUAUUUUUCUAUCCAUGGUGAAGAAUGAGGAGAAAAACAAAAGAUCUCCCAUUCAUUCAGCUGUCAGUGUACUUACUUCGCCUUCACAGCUUCUACCAGUCUUCUGCCACUGUCGGUCAAUGUCCUGAAUGUCAAUGACCCCAGGUGGUGAGGGUAGGCAACAUCACCUCCGCCACGCUUACCCUUAACACGGGGGGCCCCACAGGCUGUGCGCUUAAUCCCCUCCUGUACUCCCUGUUCACACACGACUCCAACACCAUCAAGUUUGCUGACGCACGACGUGGUAGGCCUGAUCACGUUGAUGAUGAACAGCCUACAGGAGGUCAGAUAUGCAUAAUAAUAAUAAUAAUAAUAUAAAUAAUAUGCCAUUUAGCAGUGCUUUUACUCCAAGCGACUUACAGUCAUGCUUGCAUACAUGUUUUGUGUAUUGGUGGUCCCGGGAUCGCCCACUACCCCUUGCGUGACAAGCGCCGUGCUCUACCAGCUGACUAGCCUGAGGACCAGAGACAACAACCUCUCCUCAACGUCAGUAAGACCAAGUAAGGCCCCAUCCGCAUUGACAGAGCUGCAGUGGAGCAGGUCGAGAGCUACUCUGUCCAAAUCACUAAGAACUUAAAAUGGUCCACUCACACACGCACAGUUGUGAAGAAGGCGCAAUAGCGCCUCUUCCCCCUCAGGAAGUUGAAAAGGUUUGGCAUAGGCCCUCAAAUCCUCAAAAUGUUCUGCACCAUUGAGAGCAUCUUGACUGGCUGCAUCACUGCUUGGUAUGGCAACAGCACUGCCCCUCGAUUGCAUGGCGCUACAGAGAGUGGUGCGGACAGCCCAAUAUGUCACUGGGCAGAGCUCCCUGCCAUCCAGGACCUCUGUCAGGUGGUGUGGAAAAUCAUUAAAGACUCAGCUACCCAAGCCAUAGACUGUUCUCUCUGCUUCCGCACAGCAAGCAGUACCGGUGCAUCAAGUCUGACACCAACAGGCUCCUGAACAGCUUCUAUCCCCAAGCCAUAAGACUGCUAAAUAGCUAACAGAAUGGGUACACAGACUAUCUGAGUUGACCCUUCUCAAUGCACACUCGCAGGACUCUACACACUCACUAACACUCCAACACACACAACAUGCACACACAUUUAUACUGACUACACACACUCGCAUACAAUCAUCAUAUACGCUGCUGCUACUCUUUGUCUUCUAUCCUGAUGCAUAGUCACCUUACCCCUAUACAUACAGUAUCUACCUCUAUCACUCUAGUAUCCCUGCACAUUGUAAAUAUGGUAUUGGAACUGACCCUGUAUAUUUAUUGUGUGUUUUUGUUCUACCUUAUGUUAUCUUUAGUACAAUAUCGAUUACCGUAUUGUUGGGUUUGGAGCUAGCAAGAAAGGCAUUUCACUGUACUUGUGUAGGUUGCAACCCUUUUUUACUUUUGUGUGUAGUAUUACAUCUUUCCAACCAGGAAAGUUAUGCCUCUGUUAAAAAGUGGGGCAUUGGUCCUAAAAAUACAAAACUGGGAGUCAAAAUUCAUUGAUGAAGAGCAUCUAUCCCAUUCACUCGUAUUGAUGCUUACACAAUUAUUUACAAGUGUGCUGUGUUCUUAUUGGCACAUGCAUUCAUGGUGAAUGGUUUAUAGAAGCCUCAAGCCCCUCCCUCUGCUGUGACUGGCCAGUAGCUGUGCGUGACAAGGGAGGGGUAGUGAAUUGGGUGGGGCUGAUGCCUGUGUAUGUAUAGAAGGGAGGGUUUGUGUAGUGGUGUGUGUGUGUGUGUACACCUGUCCUAGCGGCCGUGCCGUGCCCUUGGGACAUCAGUAGAACAGAGUGGUAAUCACUAGCGAGCAUGCAGCAAGGACACGGCCAAGCAAGAUCCGCUUUUAUGCUGAGCUCUGCACUCUGCUUGCAGAUCAGUGCAGGCACACACGCUCUUGCUUAAGGGAAACGUUAAGCAUUUAGAGACGGAACUGUUGCGUGUGCAUAUUAACACUCAGGCAGAGACGCAUGCGUUCACACACACGUUCACAGAGGCAGGCACACUUCCACCACCCAGCAGAGCACCCCGAGGACAGGAGAGAGAAGGAAAAGUGACAGCAGCACCCUCUAUCCACUCAGGUAAAGACAAACAUCCUCGCUUUGUUUUUCAUUGUCUUCUGAACUACUAUGGGUCUAUUUGCAUUAGGCUGCUCUUUAUAGACUGUGCUUGUUUCAUUCUGAGGCUAAGUACUUGAAGGUUGUUCAGGUGAGUGUUAUUUCAAUUAAUUUAUUUUACCUUUUAUUUAAACAGGGAGUCACCAUUGAGACCAGGGUAGGGUCUCUUUUGCAAUGUAGGUAGAUGAUUAAAAACAGGCGUUUUACAUUCAGAACAAGUCGUCUUGACUGCUCUGAUGGUGAAGUGUGGCAUUGAGUGUGCAUGAAGAGGGUUUUGCAUAGCGUUCAGUGCAUUUACAACUUUUAUCUGGAAAUGUAUCUACAUUUUAUGACAUUGGGUUUUAUUGCAGUGCACCCUGUCAUGUUGUUAGAGGAACCUGAAGAAAAGCUGAAACUGUUUGUUGGAAAAUGAAAAAGAGUAGAGAAUUAGUAGACGAUUUCGCAAUACAUGGAUACAGUAAGGACAAACUGUGCUCACAGUGCUGCUGUGUUUAGUAAUCUUGGACUUCAACAUCUGGUGCGAUGACAUUCCCAGAGGGAAGGUUGAAUGACAAUAGAGUCCCUCUGCAAUACAGAAAGAGCAAGGCUGAAGUCCUUGGUUUGAAUGUAAACUCUGCAAAAAAAGAAACGUCAUCUCACUGGCAACUGCGUUUAUUUUCAGCAAACUUAACAUGUGUAAAUAUUUGUAUGAACAUAAGAUUCAACAACUGAGACAUAAACUGAACAAGUUCCACAGAUAUGUGACUAACAGAAAUGGAAUAAUGUGUCCCUGAACAAGGGGGGGGGGGGGUCAAAAUCACAAGUAACAGUCAGUAUCUGGUGUGGUCACCAGCUGCAUUAAGUACUCAUGGACUGCACCAGAUUUGCCAGUUCUUGCUGUGAGAUGUUACCCCACUCUUCCACCAAGGCACCUGCAAGUUCCCAGAAUGGCCCUAGCCCUCACCCUCCGAUCCAACAGGUCCCAGACGUGUUCAAUGGGAUUGAGAUCCGGGCUCUUCGCUGGCCAUGGCAGAACCACUGACAUUCCUAUCUUGCAGGAAAUCACGCACAGAACGAGCAGUAUGGCUGGUGGCAUUGUCAUGCUGGAGGGUCAUGUCAGAAUGAGCCUGCAGGAAGGGUACCACAUGAGGGAGGAGGAUGUCUUCCCUGUAACGUACAGCGUUGAGAAUGCCUGCAAUGACAACAAGCUCAGUCCGAUGAUGCUGUGACACACCGCCCCAGACCAUGACGGACCCUCCACCUCCAAAUCGAUCCCGCUCUAGAGUACAGGCCUCGGUGUAACGCUCAUUCCUUCGACGAUAAACACGAAUCCGACCAUCACCCCUGGUGAGACAAAACCGCGACUCGUCAGUGAAGAGCCCUUUUUGCCAGUCCUGUCUGGUCCAGCGACGGUGGGUUUGUGCCCAUAGGCGACGUUGUUGCUGGUGAUGUCUGGUGAGGACCUGCCUUACAACAGGCCUACAAGCCCUCAGUCCAGCCACUUGUGGACAGUCUGAGCACUGAUGGAGGGAUUGUGCGUUCUUGGUGUAACUUGGGCAGUUGUUGUUGCCAUCCUGUACCUGUCCCGCAGGUGUGAUUUUCGGAUAUACCGAUCCUGUGCAGGUGUUGUUACACGUGGUCUGUCACUGCGAGGACGAUCAGCUGUCCGUCCUGUCUCCCUGUAGUGCUGUCUUAGGCGUCUCACAGUACGGACAUUGCAAUUUAUUGCCCUGACCACAUCUGCAGUCCUCAUGCCUCCUUGCAGCAUGCCUAAGGCCACGUUCACGCAGAUGAGCAGGGACCCUGGGCAUCUUUCUUUUGGUGUUUUUCAGAGUCAGUAGAAAGGCCUCUUUAGUGUCCUAAGUUUUCAUAACUGUGACCUUAAUUGCCUAACGUCUGUAAGCUGUUAGUAUCUUAACGACCGUUCCACAGGUGCAUGUUCAUUAAUUGUUUAUGGUUCAUUGAACAAGCAUGGGAAAAGUGUUUAAACCCUUUACAAUGAAGAUCUGUGAAGUUAUUUGGAUUUUUACGAAUUAUCUUUGAAAGACAGGGUCCUGAAAAAGGGACGUUUCUUUUUUUGCUGAGUUUAGUAGGUCAUUGAUGAUAUGACUGCAAUAAUCAACCAGUAUUUCAGCAGCUUCAUGGUAAGAAACAUAUACUACGUGGCCCUUCAAAUUAGUGGAUUUGGCUAUUUCAGCCACACCCGUUGUUGACAGGUAUAUAAAAUCGAGCACACAGCCAUGCAAUCUCCAUAGACAAACAUUGGCAGUAGAAUGGCCCGUACUGAAGAGCUCAGUGACAACGUCGCACUCUCAUAGUAUACCACCUUUCCAACAAGUCAGUUUGUCAAAUUUCUGCCCUGCUAGAGCUGCCCCGGUCAACUAUAAGUGCUGUUAUUGUGAAGUGGAAACGUCUAGGAGCAACAAUGGCUCAGCUACGAAGUGGUAGGCCAUACAAGCUCAUAGAACGGGACCGGCAAGUGCUGAAGCGCAUAGCAAGUAAAAAUCAUCUGUCCUCAGUUGCAACACUCACUACCGAGUUCCAAACUGCCUCUGGAAGCAACGUCAGCACAAGAACUGUACGUCGAGAGCUUCAUGAAAUGGGUUUCCAUGGCAGGGCAGCCGCACACAAGCCUAAGAUCACCAUGCGCAAUGCCAAGUGUUGGCUGGAGUGGUGUAAAGCUCGUGUCCAUUGGACUCUGGAGCAGUGGAAACGCGUUCUCUGGAGUGAUGAAUCACGCUUCACCAUCUGGCAGUCCGACGGAAUAAUCUGGGUUUGGCAGAUGGCAGGAGAAUGCUACCUGCCCCAAUAGUGCCAACUGUAAAGUUUGGUGAAGGAGGAAUAAUGGUCUGGGGCUGUUUUUCAUGGUUUGGGCUAGGCCCCUUAGUUCCAGUGAAGGGAAAUCUUAACGCUACAGCAUACAAUGACAUUCUAGAUGAUUCUGUACUUCCAACUUUGUGGCAACAGUUUGGGGAAGGCCCUUUCCUGUUUCAGCAUGACAAUGCCCCCAUGCACAAAGCGAGUUCCAUACAGAAAUGAUUUGUCGAGAUCGGUGUGAACAGAGCCUUCACCUCAACCUCAUCAAACACCUUUGGGAUGAAUUGGAACUCCAACUGCGAGCCAGGCCUAAUCGCCCAACAUCAGUGCUCGACCUCACUAAUGCUCUUGUGGCUGAAUGGAAGGAAGUCCCCACAGCAAUGUUUCAACAUCUAGUGGAAAGCCUUCCCAGAAGAGUGGAGGCUGUUAUAGCAGCAAAGGGGGGACCAACUCCAUAUUAAUGCCCAUGAUUUUGGAAUGAGAUGUUCAACGAGCAUUUGGCCAUGUAGUGUAUGUCUGGAAAAAGUUUGUAUUUCCUUCCCACCUUUUUCUGAUGAGUCACUGUUUAAAAAUGACAGUUUGAGGUGGCAUUCAAACGACCCAACAGUGGUCGGAUACAUUGCCUUCUGCUUGCUGGUCCUGGGCUAGUUCUGUCUGAUAGCACUCAGAGUAUCUAGCAGCAUUCUAGAAGAUUCUAUCCACAGUGAGCGAUGCAAAGUGAAUGUCAUAAAUGGGGCUCACUGGCCAGACAGUCGACACAGGGGAUUGGUUGCUUGGACAACGGAUCACAGAGAUGUCUGAACAAGCACAACGAUGUGUGUCGGCUCCCUCUCUGAGUUGGAUGUGUUAGAUCAGACUAAUGAGAUUAAGACACCUAGCAGAGUGUCCAAGAGGGAGAGCUGGACAGUAUUAACACUAAUUCUUCCAUCCAUCUCCAUCCCUCUGUUCCUACCACGGGCACAGCUCUCACUACUGCUUCUACUGCUGCAGCUGCUGCCUAAAUAGACAUUCUUUGCCUGUCAUGAUGAUGAUGAUGAUGAUAAUUAUUUGAUUGGUGCUUAUAUUUGUCCUGUACAAGUGUGUAUUAUACGCAUGUGUGAAAUGGAAAUGUGUUUUUUGCAUAUCCCAACUCCCCCUGAGACCCUCAGAGAGGGUGAUUAAUAGUGCCCUGAGUUUUUCCUGACUGUAUCUGACCAAGGAAAACUCAGUGCCACAGUCAUGUAAUACUGGUGGAGUCAGGAGUUUUUCUGGACUGUGUGCCUGAUCAGGAAAAACUCCUGACCCCAUGUCAUGUUGAACUGGUAUGGCCAGAAGAUUUUCCUGACAAGGGAAACAUGAUCAAGAUCCAAAGUUAACAUUGAGCCGCAUGUUGUCGGGUUUGUUGUGAUUGUUGUUGUGUUAUGGACAGCUUUCAGUUCCUACAGAUGUGUGAUAUGAAGAUGAUGUGAGUCAUAUGGGGGUUUAGCUCCAGUUAGUCCCCCCUCCAGUGGGUGAAUAUUCCCUGACCCAGAUCAUUCGUUAGAUCCAGAUUGGGACUGUUAGCCAAGAAGUCAAAAUGAUUUAUCUCAGGCAGGGGGAGAGACAGUGUGAUUGGUCUUUGAAUUGUGGAUGUCUUGUCUGUCUUUGUUUUCCUGCUUUGUUUUCCAAUACAGACUUGACAUCACCGUAGUGACUGUAUUGUAUGUAGGCGGUUAAGAAACUCCUUAGAGUGGAGUCUGAUGCACACACACACAUAUAUACACACACUUCUGCGCAACUGUCUCAGCAACAUCUUUGCCAUUUAACUCUAUCUGCCUCACACCUACGUCACAACAAAAACACUGGCUCCAUGUUAUAAUUGUUUUAUCUGGAGAAACAAGAACAACCGCUGUCACUUGGUUUUUGUUACCAGUAUCAGUGGUUUUGUGUGAGACUUCUAAAGUCAUUCACAUACAUUAUGUCCACAAGACAGAAUGACAGCCGCCUCCAACCCCUCAGGGAACAGCAUCGCAGACAGAUGCCAGGCAGCCAUAACCCCUCGUCUCCUCAAUGAGUCACCCUGUCUUUCAUCUCUCACCAGGGGAGAUGGUGACCUGAGCCCAGGUCUGCUCCCUGCUCUCCGCGCUGACCUCUCUCAGUGGGCCAGCUCACUGCACAGGGCCUGA